AUGGCUCCCCUAACAAUCAUAGUCACGGGCAAAUCAUCUGUCACCCACGCCCCAGAACGAGGUACCCUCAGAUUCUCAGUAAAGGGAAAUGGCCCCGAACAAGACAAAAUCGCCAAGGAAGUGGCAACCUCAUCGACCAAGCUACAAAAAUGGAUGAAAUCAGCCUUUUACAUCUGGAACGACGAUCAUCCUGAGGCCCCUCUGACACAAUUUUCAUCCACGAGUAUCAAAACCUGGACAAAGUCGACAGAUAGAAACGAACAGCCCGUGCCGAACCCGCACCAUGCCAGUAUAUCUUUCAAAGCUGUCUUCCGAGAUUUCGCCAAGUUGAACCAAGCGAUCGAAGAAUUGCUGGUUUAUCCCAAGGUGGAAAUCGACGGCCUGGAUUGGAGUCUCACAGACGAAACUGGCAGCCGACUCGCUUCGGAUGCCCGCAAAUUGGCACUGCGUGAUGCUAUAAAACAAGCCGAUGACUUCUCGGAAGUGCUUGGACGUUCUGUUUCCGUGGUAGAAAUUACCAACGAAGGAAUAAGCCCUUACAGGGCUACUCACCGACACAUGAUGGCUGCUAGUUUUGGAGGCCCUGCUGGGGAGGACCCUGCGCCGCUGGACCUCACCCCCAGGAUAUUGACGUCGAAAGUGAGGUCAAUGUCACUUUCAAAGAUGUGUCGGCUGUUUGAAUUUGUUCGUUCUUUAGCUUAG